AUGAAAAAACAAAGAGUAUAACAAUAAUCAAGAUUUCCUAUGACAACUAGACCUUUGUAAACAUUUGAUUUAGAAACUGAAGAAUAAAUAGAAUAGAGAUUCAGUGAAUUUUUGAAUGAAGCUUAAAAUGAAACAAUAAAAUUAGUAACAGUUGAAAAAGGUAAAUAAAGAAGAUUGGCAUUUAAUCCAUAUAAAAAGAAGACAAUUAAGGAAAGUUAAAUGAUUGAAUAAUCAUCAUAUGAUGGUGAUAAUCAAUCUCGUGCAGAUGAAAUUAUUGAAUUGGAGCAAAAACCAGAAAAAAAAAUUAGUAAAAAACAUGAGGAAUUUUAUAAAUUUUUUGUCGAUCGUUAUUUUCAUAAAUAGGAAGUGAAAUAAUCUGCUUCAACUUAAACUUUAUCAAAUGAUGUAAACUUUUUAGUCAAUAGAUAUGGAGAUGUAUUCUUAAUAAUGUAAUUUAGUUUUUAUAAAAUUCGCUAAUGUCUAGUCUAAUUAUUGAUACCCUAAAACAUAAAUUUUAGAAUUAAAUUCCAAUGUAUGAUCAUUUUGGAACUGCAUAAAAAAUUUUACAAUCAUUUAAUGUCUCUGCUGUUACUUUAUGUAAUAUGAAAAGUGCUGAAGAAAGAUAAACUUAUUUGAUUAAUAGUUUUUAAUAAAAAUGUGAUUCUUUGAUGAAUGAAUGGGUUCUCAAAAUUGCAAAGAAAGAUAAACAACUUCAAUUAGUAGAUAAAUAAUUUACACUUACACGUAUGAAAAAUAGAAAAGAAUAAAAUGAUUUAUUUAAAUGGUUGACAUUAAAAACUAAAUAUUAGGUACUUUAAAAAAAACUAAGAGAAAUGUUAAUGGAGAAAAUCAAUGAAUAUGAAAAUUAAAUUAAAAUUGCUGAAGCUAUAAGCUAAAAUAAAAAAGUAAAUUUAAUAGGUAUAGAAACUAUAUAAACUUCACAAAUUGUUAAAAAUAAUAAUUUUUAUGCUCAAAGAAACUAAGAUUUGUUAUAAUGGAAUCCACUACUUGAAGCUAAAUUUUAAAAAGAAAGACUAAAAGCUUAAUAUGCAUAUAAUUCAGCGAUUGAUUCAAGCAAUUUCAAUUAAGUAGCUUUUAUGUAAAUUUUUGAUUAAGUUAAAAUUGAUGAUCCAAUUUAUUUAUAAAGAGAAGUCAAAAUGUAAAAAUAUAUGAAUGGAGAUUGGUUAACACCAUAAGAAAUGAAAUUUUUAGCAAAUACAUCAGAAUUAUUGAAUAAAUGUGUUGAUUAGAAAUAAGUUAAAAAAGUUGUAUAGCAUAUAAAAGAAAAAUAACUUUAUGAUUUAGAAAAUUAUUUAGCUUAAUAGAUUAUUUAGAAUCAUUAGUCACUUAAUUGUUAAAUUUAAUAAGCUAGAUCUAUUUGGUUAAAAGAUAGAACAAAAUAAAAGAAAAAUUAAAUUAAAUAACAUGAUUAAUAAAUAUAAGAAAAAAUCAAGCAUAAUAAAAUAUUAAAAGAACAUGAUAAGAAAGUUAAGAAACUUUAAAGAAUUUGUAAGAAAUUAGAAGAAAAUAUUUCCAUUAAAGAUUAAGUAUAUAGAAAUUUUUUUGCUUUAAUUUUUGUUAGAAAAAUAAUAUAGAAAGUAGAGUAUUAUAGAUUUCUUAAAAUGGAGAAAAGUAAUAUUUUUGUGAAAGAAACACUUGCAGAAUAAGAAAGAAGAAGAAUUCAUAAAGAAAGAUUAAAAGCACUUUCAUAACCAUACAAUCAUGAAGAAGAUAAAAGAAGAAAAUAUCAUCCAUCUUCAAAAGUAGGAUUUGUUCCAACUCAUGGUAUGACUGCUGAUGAUUGGGAAAGCACAGAGGGUUAAAAAUUAGCUGAAAGAAUUAAAAUAUUAAAAUAAAAAGAAAAUUAAUAUAGAUUAGGAGUAUUAACAAUAGAUAAUAAUAAAAAAGAAAAUUUUGUUAAAUUUUAUUCGUCUGGACCAAAUAAAGCAUUAAGAUAAGAUCCAAUUUUUGAUCCAAUUAAUCCAAAUGAACCUCCUAAAAUAAGUGAAAAAGAAUUAAAUUCAAUUAUUAUGAUUUAAAGAGCUAUUCGUAAAAGAAUUGCUUAUAAAAAAUUAAAAAACUAUAAAGAGUUAUUUUUUUAAAAUAAACUUCGAAUAUAUCAAGAAAAAUUAUCAAGAUUAAAUUCAGAAAAAGAAUUUUCAUCAAAUGUUAAAGAAAUCACAGUAUAAUUAAUAUCAAAACCUUAAAUUAGAAUAAAGACUUCAUCUAACAGAGUAAAAUCUGAAAUUUCAUUAACAAAAUCAAUGAGAACAAAAUUAAAAACAGAGGAGACUGCAGAACCUUCAUCAAUUGGAUUUGGAAGAUUAGGUAGAUUAAUAACAACUUAAAAUUUAUCUAAAGUAAAAGUUAUGCUUGUUAAACAUGAAAGACUUCUUAGAUAUUCAAAAUUGAAUUAGCCAAAUCAUAUUUUAAAAUCAGGAUUUUAUUAUACAUAAGAUGACAUAGAUGUUAUGGAUUAAGAUGGAAAUACUGCUUUAUAUUAUGCUUCUAUGCAUGGGAACAAUAUUUUAAUAGACUUUAUGCUAAAACAUGGAGCUAAUCCUAAUGUUUUAUGUAGUGAUGGAACUCCUAUGCAUAUGGCAGUUAAAUCAAAUAGAAUAGAUGUAAUUUAUAAUAUAUUCUUAAGGUAAUAUAUUUACUGUUAAAUAAUGGUGGAAGCUUAAAUAUUGUGAAUCAAAAUAAUUGUACUCCUUUGGUAUAUGCAACUGAAAAAAUCUUAAAAUAAUUAGGAAUGAAAUAAAAGGGGAUUGUUUCUGUUUCUAAACAAUUUACAGAUAUUAAAAAUGAUGAAAUACUUUAAUCAAAAGAUAUCGCUAUUUAAUGUGAUUGA